AUGAACUUUGCCAGGCGACUCUUCUCCUCCUCGGCGCGUGCCGCUUCGAGCGCGCAGGCCGCAGCGCCCGUCGCUGAGGCGUCCAUGUCCGUGCCGCCUCUCCAUGCUCGUCCUGCUGGGUUCCGUUCCCCGAAGAAGCGCGUCAUCGAGAUGGACCAGCUCCCAAAACCCAUCCUCAAGCAAGUUGCGCGGGACCUUGAGCGUGCCAAGGCUGCGGCGCUGGAGCGUGCGGCUAAGCGUGGGGAGAAGUUUGACGGGAUUGUGUCGGUCCAGAACCCGUUCUUGAGCUUCUGGCGGCCGUCGCCUGACCCUAACAUGCGCAGCAAGUUCCUCUGGACUGGCGCGUCCAUCCCCCGCCGUCACCAGAAGCUCCUGCUGGAAAAGUACCCCGCGGUGAUGCUGCCACCUUCCGAGACCAACCCGGUCCGGCACGCGCCGCCUAUCGUGUGGAACGACGGCACGAUCAUCACCUGGAAGGGCAGCUGGAAGCCCAAGGCCGAGACGUCGCUGUACGCUUCGCGCCGCCUGCAGAGCAAUGGCACGUACUUUAAGGGGACCAAGGCUGAGCGUGAUGCUCCCGCGAGGAAGGCUGAGCGCGAGGAACGCAUGGCUGGCAUGCCCAAGCGCAUCGAGGAGUUCCGCAAGUCCAAGAAGGGCACCAAGGUCACGGGCCGGAGCGCUGUUCCCUUCUAG